AUGGAGCUCAUUCUCGGAAAGUUGAGCCACAACGCUAAGAGCAUCACUACAGAAGAUGCUCAAAGCCUUGCUGACAACGCCGAGGAGGGAGAUCAACGGACGGCCAACAUCAUCGCUGCCAUCGCUGACAUCGCCAUACGCAACGAGGAGCAGCAAGGAGGCUCCAACGACGACGACCCACGAUCUGCCGGCAAUGCGUCGCAGUCACCCUUCAACGUGUCUCAAGACGUGAUGCAGAGGCUGCGCAGCAACCCAGGUAGCAUCACCGAGGAAGACGCUCGUCGCUUCUCUGAGAACGUCGAAGCCAAAGACGCCCGCUCAGCGCGCCUGGUCAGUGCAGUCGAGUCUCUGGCCGCGGCCCGUAGCGACAUCUACAGUCAAGAGACCAGCUUGGGUCAGAGUCCUCAUAUGUCUCUCCUCACUGUCGUCAAGGAUCUCUACGCGGCGGUUGAGGCUAAUCCUGAUGAUGUUGACACGGAGAUCCUCAAGACCACACAGAGCAUCGUCAGCAAAAUGCAAAAAGCCAUCGGCCACACCAACGCACCCCACCCGGAACUCGAGGCCGAGCUCCAACAAGAGUACGCUAAGAUAGUACCCAAGGUCGAGCGUGGUGUCGUAACCAAAGCCGAGGCCGAUCACUUGCACUCCCUCGAAGCUCGCGCCCAUGGUCACACGGAGAGGGGAGGCCUGACUGCUAUCGCUCAGUCUGUAGCUGCCAGACAUGAGCGAAGGUCUUCGGUCAGCAGUGGCGGCAAUAUCGUCCGGUCCCGCGCCAACAGUCGCACUUUCACGCCCCACAAGCAGCCUCAUUACGAUACCGGACUCGAUCUCUCUAAAGCUGAUCCAGAGAAUUGGAGGGCUCACAGUAUUGCCGCUGCGAACACCGCACUGCGUUCGAGGGAGCAGCGCUCUCCUGAGAAGGGCGGAGUGACACCAUCGAGCGCCUCAAGGAAGCGUCUGCAGUCGCUCAGCGAGUCUACAAACACUACGCGUGGUGGUGAUAGCAUAUACGAUGUCGCCUUCCCUAAACUCCAGUCUUACGGUUCUGCCGACAUAGGCCGUGGUGGCUCUGAGAAUGUGCCUCGCGCACAUAAGCGUGAGAACAGUCUCCCACCUGUCUGA